AUGGCCACCAACUCAGAGACCGCUCCCAAGGACCCAACCUAUAACUACACCCCAAACCACAAGCCAAGCCAUAUCAUCAACCACACUUGGCGUACAGCCGAGAAUAGUGCAGCCUACCUAAUCCCGACUCUGCAGUCUAUGGCCUCCCAUAACCCAUCUCUCAAGCUCCUUGACUGCGGAGCCGGUCCUGGAACUCUGACGGCCUCCUUCUCCAAGUACAUGCCACAAGGAACCUUGGUCGCGACAGAUCUCUCUCAAGAAGUCAUAGACCAAGCCACGGAGCACGCUAGGUCUCAAAAAGUCACAAACAUGACCUGUCACACUGCAGAUAUAUACCACCUUGACCAGACUUUUCCAGAGGAAUCCUUCGRCGUGGUUCACACGCAUCAAACGCUGUGUCAUCUAUCCCAUCCUUUGCUUGCUCUACGCUCUCUCCUCCGAGUAUGUAAAUCUGGAGGUGUGGUGGCGAUCCGCGAGAGUGACAUGCGGAUGUGGUCUCUUCAUCCGUCGUCGUCGGCUUUGGAAAAUUUCCAAAAGCUGAUGAUGCGAUGUAUGGACUCUCCUACGAUAGGAUCGAGAUUGGUUAGUUUGGCAACGGAAGCUGAUGUUCCGCGAUCAAACAUCACAGCGAGUAUGGGGACUUGGUGUUUCAGCACUCCUGAGGAGAGGAAGAUGUUCGGUGGUGCCAUGGCGGAGCGAGCAAAGAGUGGUAAGAUGAGAGAGAGAUCUGUGAGGGAGGGUUGGCACACCUAUCAGGAAUUAGAUGAGAUGGUCAAAUCGUGGGAAGGCUGGAUCAGUGCUGAAGAUGGGAGUAUCGGAUGCAUGAAUGGAGAGGUUCUAAUCCGAAAGCCAUGA